AUGAGGUGGGUGGGAGCCCCCACAGCCUCCUGGGCCGGGGCGAGGGGUGACGGCACCCCCAGGCCCUCACCCGCCCACCCCUGUCCUGUGCUGCGGCCCCUCGGGCUGCUGAUCCUCCUGGGCCUGCUCUGGGGCUCAGCAGCCGCCCCCGGGGGCCCACAGUGGCCCCAGCCCAUGUUCGGGCGCCUGGUGUCCCCAGGCUUCCCGGGGAAGUAUGGGGACAACGAGGAGCGGAACUGGACCCUGACGGCGCCCCCAGGCUACCGCCUGAGGCUCUACUUCACCCACUUCCACCUGGAGCUCUCCUACCUCUGCGAGUACGACUUUGUCAAGCUGAGCUCGGGAACCAAGGUGCUGGCCACACUGUGCGGCUGGGAGAGCACAGACACGGAGCGGGCCCCCGGCAACGACACUUUCUACUCCCUGGGCUCCAGCCUGGACGUCACCUUCCACUCCGACUACUCCAACGAGAAGCCGUUCACAGGGUUCGAGGCCUUCUAUGCAGCCGAGGACAUCGAUGAGUGCCAAGCGCCCCCGGGGGAGGCGCCCGCCUGUGACCACCACUGCCACAACCACCUGGGCGGCUUCUACUGCUCCUGCCGUGCGGGCUACGUUCUCCACCGCAACAAGCGCACCUGCUCAGCCCUGUGCUCAGGCCAGGUCUUCACCGAGCGGUCUGGGGUGAUCAGCAGCCCCGAAUACCCUCAGCCUUACCCCAAACUCUCCAGUUGCACCUACAGCAUCCGCCUGGAGGACGGCUUCCGCGUCAUCCUGGACUUCGUGGAGUCCUUCGACGUGGAAACGCACCCCGAAACCCAGUGCCCCUACGACUCCCUCAAGGUUCAGGCGGACAAAAGGGAAUACGGCCCAUUUUGUGGGAAGAUGUUGCCCAGCAGGAUUGAAACCGAGAGCAGCGCCGUGACCAUCACCUUUGUUACCGACCAGUCGGGGGACCACGCAGGCUGGCGGAUCCGCUACAGCAGCACAGCUCUGCCCUGCCCUGCCCCGGUGGCGCCACCCCACGGCCACAUCUCGCCUGGGCGGGCCGCGUACGUCCUGAGGGACAGCUUCUCCGUCGUCUGCGAGCCCGGCUACGAGCUUCUGCGGGGUGAGGUGCCCCUGAGAUCGUUCACUGCCGUCUGUCAGAAGGAUGGAUCCUGGGACCGGCCGAUGCCCGAAUGCAGCAUUGUCGACUGUGGCCCCCCCGAGGACCUGCCCGGCGGCCAGGUGGAGUACGUCACGGGCCCGGGAGUGACGACAUACAGGGCUGCGAUUCAGUACCGCUGCAACGAGACCUUCUACGCCAUGACGACAGGCGGUGGUAAAUAUGUGUGUGAGGCUGAUGGAUUCUGGACGAACUCCAAAGGAGAAAACCCGCCCCCGGUCUGCGAGCCUGUUUGUGGACUAUCAGCCCGCACAACAGGAGGUCGUAUAUAUGGAGGGCGAAAUGCAAAGCUCGGGGAUUUUCCCUGGCAAGUCCUGCUAGUAGGUGACACAGCAGCAGCAGCAGGGGCACUUUUGUAUGAUGACUGGAUCCUAACAGCCGCUCAUGCUGUGUAUGAGCAGAAAGAAGAUGCCUCCCACCUAAGCAUUCGAAUGGGUGCCCUGAAGAGACUGUCACCUCCUUACACACAAGCCUGGGCAGAGGCCAUUUUCAUACACGAAGGUUACACUCACGGUGCUGGUUUCGAUAACGACAUAGCACUGAUCAAACUGAGGAACAAAGUUGUAAUCAAUAGCAACAUCAUGCCUAUCUGCUUGCCGAGAAAAGAAGCUGAGUCCUUCAUGAGGACCAACGACAUCGGAGCCGUGUCUGGAUGGGGAAUAACCCACAGGGGUGCUCCUGCCAGAAGCCUCAUGUAUGUUGAGGUACCAAUUGCUGACCAUCAACAAUGUGCCGCUGCCUACGAAAAGAAGUCCCACCCAGGGGGAAGGGUAACCGGCAACAUGCUCUGUGCCGGCUUAGAAAGUGGGGGCAGGGACAGCUGCAGAGGUGACAGUGGGGGGGCACUGGUGUUUCUAGAUAACGAGACCAACAGGUGGUUUGUGGGAGGGAUAGUGUCCUGGGGCUCCAUUAACUGCGGGGAAGCACAACUGUAUGGGGUCUACACAAAAGGCAUUAACUAUAUUCCCUGGAUCAAGAAAAUAAUUAAUAACUUUUAAUUUGUAUGUCUUCAAUCAGUAAUUCCUUAAAAAACAAAAAACACCUGUAAAAGAUCUCAGCAGCAGUGUGACCUGAGAAACACUAGCACAGCCGUCAUCACCGGACCCAAAAAUCAAAACCAAACGAGCAGCGAAAGGCUUGCCAGCUUUCCGCCCUUUACGCUUUGACUCAAGGAGGCACGGCCGUCCUCGCGAUGUUCACCUGUGUCAGCGCAACAGAAACUCGCUGGUUAAAUCUGCAUAACACUACUUGCAAAGUUCAGUAUCUUUUUGCACUGGCUUUUAAAAUUGCAUUUCUGGAAACUGCCUGGACAUGUUCUUUGACUCUUUCUACUGUUUCUGGACUUGUUCUUAUUGAU